AUGGCCUGCUCGAGUUCUUCGACCGUGGACUUUGUCGCAUCCGAUUCCUCGGGGGCAACAAAGGCUCGGGGGAUGAGGAGAUCUUCUUCUUCGUCCUCAGCUACCUGUUCAUCGAGCAUCUGUCCCUCGGACUCAACCGAGGGCACGGUCUGUGAUUGCUAUUUGGCUGCCUGUUCGUCCUUCAAAUUUUCUGAUAUGGAUGGUGUCAAUAUCGGUGCCAAGUCGUGCACUGUGAACAUCUCAUUAGUUGCAUGUUGUUCUCCAUAUACUGUUUUCACGCCAUUCUUUGUGGGCACUUCAUCAUAUGAUGAAGGGUCGAUGGCACCGCCCUCAUGCUAUGGAUCCACGGCCUUCCUAAAUGCUCGUGCUACAUUUUAUGGAGACCAAACCGGUGGCGAAACCAUGCAGGGAGCUUGUGGCUAUGGAAAUUUAUUCCAGCAAGGAUAUGGCUUGGAAACAGCAGCACUAAGUACAGCACUUUUUCACAAUGGGGCAACAUGUGGAGCUUGCUUUGAAAUAAUGUGUGUAAAUGCUCCUCAAUGGUGCAAUGCAGGGGUGAAAAUUACAAUAACAGCCACCAAUUUCUGCCCACCAAAUUACACAAAAACUGUAGAUGUUUGGUGCAAUCCUCCCCAAGAACACUUUGAUUUGUCAGAGCCAAUGUUUCUAAAAAUAGCCAAAUAUAAAGCAGGGGUUGUUCCUGUAGUUUAUAGGAGAGUCAAGUGCCACAAAAAAGGAGGGAUCAAGUUUGAGAUCAAAGGGAAUCCUUAUUGGAUUCUUGUUCUUGUUUACAAUGUUGGAGGUGUUGGAGAUGUGGCCAAUGUCAAAAUCAAAGGAUCUAAAACUGGUUGGAUUACUAUGUCAAGAAAUUGGGGCCAAAAUUGGCAAACUUCUGCACAAUUGGUAGGACAGAGCUUGUCUUUCCAAGUACAAACUAGUGAUGGCCAAUGGGUUCAAUCUGAUAAUGUUGUUCCUACUAACUGGCAAUUUGGUCAGAAUUUUGAAGCGACGAAUAAUUUUAACUCGUGAUGUAUUGUGGAAAUGAUUAACCGUUCA